UCAUCCUAGUUUAGAAGAGAAAGCUAGCGCUUAUAGCCAUGGCAAGAGUGUUAGAGCCUCUCAUUGUUGGGAGGGUGAUUGGAGAAGUCUUGGACUUCUUCAACCCAAGUGCCAAGAUGAUUGUGACCUACAACACCAACAAGCUUGUUUGCAAUGGUUUUGAGCUCUACCCUUCAGCUAUCCUUAAUAAACCCAGGGUUGAAGUUCAAGGGGGUGAUCUUAGGUCCUCCUUCACUUUGGUGAUGACUGAUCCUGAUGUGCCAGGCCCUAGUGAUCCAUACUUAAGGGAACACUUACACUGGAUUGUGACUGACAUUCCAGGCACAACUGAUGCUUCAUUUGGGAGGGAAAUGGUGAGCUAUGAGAGUCCAAGGCCAACUAUUGGGAUCCAUAGGUUUGUGUUUGUGCUUUUCAAGCAGAAGAAGAGGAGCACGGUGGUCAUUCCGGCGACCAGGGACCAGUUCAACACUCGCCGUUUCGCCGAGGACAAUGACCUUGGCCUUCCGGUCGCCGCCGUCUACUUUAAUGCUCAGAGGGAGACCGCUGCCAGGCGGCGCUGAAUUAUAUAUUAAUAUCCUUCUAUCUACCUAAUUAAUUAAAUAUAUUGCAUGUGUUAAGUCAUU